CAGAAUUACAUCCUCCCAUCCUCCCUUACCUAAUCCAGACUAGCUUUGUCUCAUCACUCGGCUCGAGGUGCUGCUUCUGUGAACUUCAGUCCUCUGUCCUCUGUGUGGCUCGUGCGCGUCCGUCGAGAGAACCAACUCUGAACCCUUUUCGCCUGUUAUUAGGAGAGAAAAAACAACAGUAACCAUGGAAGCCAUCAAGAAGAAAAUGCAAAUGUUGAAACUGGAUAAGGAGAAUGCUAUUGAUCGGGCAGAGCAAGCAGAAGGAGACAAAAAGGGGGCAGAGGACAAAUGCAAACAGCUGGAAGAAGAGUUGCUGGCCCUGCAGAAGAAGCUGAAGGGAGUGGAGGAUGAGUUGGAUAAAUACUCAGAGUCACUGAAGGAUGCCCAGGAGAAGCUGGAGCAGGCUGAGAAGAAGGCCACAGACGCAGAGGCAGAGGUGGCUUCCCUAAACAGACGUAUCCAGCUGGUAGAGGAGGAAUUGGACAGGGCCCAGGAGAGACUGGCCACUGCGCUGCAGAAGCUGGAGGAGGCCGAGAAGGCUGCAGACGAGAGCGAGAGAGGAAUGAAGGUGAUAGAGAACAGGGCGUCAAAGGACGAGGAGAAGAUGGAGAUCCAGGAGAUGCAGCUAAAGGAGGCCAAGCACAUUGCUGAGGAGGCCGACAGGAAGUACGAGGAGGUGGCCCGUAAGCUGGUGAUCCUUGAGGGUGACCUUGAGCGCUCUGAGGAGCGUGCUGAGGUGGCUGAGGCUCGAGUCAGGGAGCUGGAGGAAGAGCUUAGACUCAUGGACCAGAAUUUGAAGUCCAUGAUGUGCGGAGAGGAUGAGUACUCACAAAAGGAGGACAAAUAUGAAGAGGAAAUCAAAGUUCUUACCGACAAGCUUAAAGAGGCUGAGACCCGUGCUGAGUUUGCAGAGAGGUCUGUGGCUAAGCUGGAGAAAACCAUUGAUGAUUUGGAAGACGAGGUGUACGCUCAGAAGCUGAAGGGUAAAGCCCUCAGUGAGGAGCUUGACCUGGCUCUCAACGACAUGACUACUCUCUAGACACUCCCUCACUCCUCCUCCUCUGACACUCUCCACCUUCAUCUGGCACCCCUGGGGUUCAGACAUCCUCCUCCUCCUCUGACACUCUCCACCUUCAUCUGGCACCCCUGGGGUUCAGACAUCCUCCUCCUCCUCUGACACUCUCCACCUUCAUCUGGCACCCCUGGGGUUCAGACUUCCUCCACUUCCUUUCUGUCCUUUUUUUCAUUCCACAACUUUUCAGACAGAACUGUGAUCUAUCUCUCAAUACCCUUGGUUACGAAAUUUGUAUGGCGAAUUUGAAAAAAAUGUGGUCGUAUCUAAGUUUACAAGACUUGCCGAUUCAAAAUACCAAGGGAUAUAAAUGUGGCCCCAGGCAGAUUGCCCCCCCCCCCACCCCGUCAAACCCAUUCCCCCUUUUAGUUCCUCUCCCUACUGUUGUGUCAGGUGUCAGCAUUGUUCAGUGAUCCUCUUACAUUUCUAUAGAUGUAUAUAGGAAAACCCACACCCAGUCGUGUUGUCUGGCACGGUGUCCAUACCUCUCCAAAGAUCUGGGUUAGGUCUGGUCUUCUGUAUUGAGAUAUAUACUUGUCCCCUGUUUUCCCUUUCUCUGUAAUAAAUGUCCUGAAACCGC